AAGUACUGCAGGCCUUAUCUCUUUCUUUAAAGAUUGUGGCCUUACUUUCCCAAUCUCGGAGCCCGUUCUAAGUCGUCAUCUGGCUUUGGAAUAUGAUGCGACUCCUUCUGCGCGCCCAUCAUCUUCGGGCAGGCUGGAUAGACGGAUGUCGAGGACUUCGUCGUUUCAAAUUUCCCGGUUGACUCAAGGGAGUGGCACUGUGGAGAACUCUCCUUUGGUCCCGAUUCCGAAUUCUGAGGAAAAAGGGAUUUCUGCUGCGAAGAACUCUCAUGUUUCUUUGAGCUCCGGCUCACAGGAUGACUUCGUCGCUCCCAGACGUAAGCGACACCGAUCAACCAAGGCCGUUACAUCGAAGCCAUCUCAGGUCGAGGUCGGGACCCGUGGAUUGAACAGAUGGAAGUUUGCUCAUGAGGGCGAUGGUCCUCUGUCCAUAACCCGAGAUUAUCUUGUUCGCCUUAUUCGUUGCACAAGACCUCAGGGUUUCCGCCCUCUGUCUCUUGCUGUCUCUGAGGAGAAAAAGGUUUAUGCCAAAUUGGCUACCGCGAAUUCUAAGGUCAUGGAGGCUUGCAACGUAGGUGACGGAAGACCGUGUGCGACUCCUCCAAGAUGAGAAGGAGAUGGGAAGCGAGAGAGCCAAGAUCCAGGAGCUCGCGGGAGGAAAAUAGGUAGAAGACCGGAGACCUGUGGGGCUUAAAAGAUGAAUGGAAGAGAGCCUGGUUCGAAAAAGGGGUCUUUGAGACUGAAGUUUCUUCUCUAAAGACCAAGGUUGCGGAGCUUGAGGCCCAUCGGGAUCGAGAUAUUCGUCCAGAUUCUCGUAUCGCUCGCCGUGAGGUCGCUGGCAGCUAUAGAGAGG